AAAAAUUCUAAUAUAUUGUCAUUAUCGUAUAAAUAAGUAUUAAGUAGUAUCCAUUGUAUGUUUCAAGAGUAAUUCACAUAAAUUCGUAUAAUACUUGUCUUUGUAAGAUCAAAUGAAGAAUUUCAUUUAACGUUAAGCACACAUUUUCAAAUAAAGUAAGAAAAAUAUCUCAACACAAGAGUUACAAAGAAUAACUAGUAUUUUAACGAUUACGAGUUUAGCUUUGAAAUGGCAUCCAUACUUGAGUAAUUUUCUCAUAAUCGGAGGAGUAUUUACUCUGUUUGUGAUAUCUGGUGCGAAAUGGUAAAAAGUGAGAGAAGUUGUCUAUAUAUGAAGAGAAAACGAUCUCCCACGGGGGUCAGUGUGUAAGUUCAGCUUUACAGUGGAAACAUCAUCAUGUUGAAUAUCACGCUGUGCUUUCUCGUUCUCGUCUUACGAGUUCUCUCAUCUUACCCGUUAUUAUUCGCUUACGGUUAUACUGAAGAAGAAAUCGACUGCCAGGUUUAUAACCACCUUUACGUUUGUCUUUCAAACGGUGUACUCGAGAGUGUUGCAUUCAAAGACGUAAAAGCCGUUCAAACGAUCGAAGAUACCGAAUUGCAUCUCGAGGAUCUUGGUAUUACCGAUAUAAAAAAAAAUGCUUUUGUUCAAGUCAACAAUUCAACGGCACUUUAUUUGAGAAACAAUAAUUUGUCGAUCAUUUCGAAAUAUUAUUUUGAGACGUUAGAUCAAUUGACCUAUUUGGAUUUGCGAAAUAAUUCUAUUCGUGAUAUCAAGGAUUCCGUUUUCACCGAAUUGAAUUAUUUGGAAACGUUGCUUUUGGAUAAUAAUAAUAUUUCUGAACUUCGUCCUAAUGUUUGGCGAGGAUUGACGGAACUUCACGAACUUUAUGCAACUAAUAAUAAUAUUGUACCUAAGAGAAAUGCAUUUAAAGGUUUGAGACAAUUGGAAACGUUAGCUUUGGAUUCUAAUGGAAUUACGGAAAUACCGAUUGGCACGUUUGCCGGACUACCUCACCUUGAUUUACUUUAUUUGUCGAGAAACAAAAUAUCCAAUUUACAUCCAGACGUAUUUCGUGGCUUGAACGAGAUAAACGAAUUGGAUCUUGGGAAAAAUCAUUUUCAAUCUAUUCCCGGUGGAUUGUUUCGACAUUUGAAAAGUUUAAAUUCACUUUGGUUGAACGGCAAUGAAAUCGAAAUGAUCGAAAAUGAUACCUUCGAGGGAUUGGACGAAUUAUCGAUUUUAUUUUUGAAUAACAACAAACUACGUUUCGUCGACAUGUCUGCUUUCGCCAAAAUGAAACUCGUCACUGUUGAGCCUGGAUUUAAAAUAAACAACGAAUUGAUCGAGCAAUAUUCCGAAUUUACGAAAAAAUAUCAUUGUAGCAAUAUUAAUUAUCAGGAACCGUACGAUUGCGUAGAAAUCGCGGAGUAAUUUUUAUCUUUUUUUUUUUCAUCGAGUUAUAUAUAAAAAAAAAAAUACAAAAGUGUGUAUUUGCAAAAAAUUGGUAACAAGUGUAUGAUAGUUUAUACAAUUUCAAUAUUAAUUAAA